AGCUGGUUGGGUUGCACCACGGAGGCGGCGGGGGAGGUAGCGCCGGGUUGCAUGGGCUGCAUGGGGAGGCGGGGCAGCUGGGGCUGGCGGCAGCAGCGGCCGGAGGGGUGCAGGUGGUGCAGCUGCUGCCGGCAGGAGCGGCAGCGGCUGCAGCAGCAGCAGCGGGGGCCGUGCAGCCGCUGCUGGUCGUGCCUUCCGGCGGCGGGGGCGGGGAUCGGGAGGGGCCACUGCCCUCCUCCCGGUUGCUGCCCGCACCAGGAGGCAUUGGCGGUGGUGGUGGCGGCGGGGGCCGACUCGGCAAGGCAAUGGGUGGUGGUGGCAGCGGAGUGGCUGGAGCAGCCGCGGGCAACGGACCCAUGGGUCUGGGCGGGGGCGGGGGCGGGGGUUACGGCUUGGAGGCGCUGGCGGAUGCGGCGGAGGGCGAGCAGCGCGUGCUGAAGCGCAUGAGGACGGGGGGCUUUGGCGGCGGAGGCGGCACAGUAGCGGCGGCAGGCGGUGCAGUGGGUGGUGCGGCUGGGAAUGGCGACAUGGGCGGCUACAUGGGGCGGCCGGCGGCGGCGGCGGAGGCGGAUGAGAGCGGGUCUGGCAACUCCCUGCACAGUGAUGCCUCAGGCGAUGUGCGCCCCCGCGGCCGCGAACCGGCCCUCUCUGAGGAGCCCCUCCCGCAUGGCCCCCACGGCCCUCUCCUGCACCGCCCCCGCCACCACAACGCCCACUCCAAGACCUCCUCGCUCCUCCAGCAGCAACAGCAGCAGCUGCUGCUGCUUCAACAGUCCUCGCACCUGGGGGGUGGGGCAGGCGACCCCGCACUGGGGCUCCUGCCGCCGCUGGAGCCCUCUGCAGCAGCAGCAGCGCAGCUUCAAGAGCUGCUCGGCUUGCAUCACCCGUCGUACAGCACUCCCCAACAACAACAACAACAACAACAGCUGUUGCUAGCUCACGUCCCGGACGAUGAUCAGAUGAUGCUGCCAUACCACCACCACCAGCACCUGGAGCAGCAGCAGCAGCAGCCAUUGUUGCCACAGCAGCAGCAGCAGCAACAGCAGCAGCAGCAGCAACGGGGGGCUGCAAAGGGAUCCGGUGGGGUAGCAGGGGGAGGGGCAGCGGGUGGAGGAGGAGGAGGAGGAGGAGGUGGCCGGGGCGGCGGCGGCGGGGGUCGCCGCAGGAGGGGCGCCAGUGCGAGUGACGAUGAUGAGGACUACGCGCCGAGUCACCGGGUCGUCGUGUCGGCUCGCUCUCGAGCGCAGGAGAUGGUCUACGAUGCCUCCGCCCUGUUGGACGCCUCCGCAGCAGCAGCAGCUGGCAGCAACCCCACCACCACCGCACCACCACCCGAGGACACCACUACCUCAGCGGGCGCUGCUGCCGCCGCUGCGGAUGCUGCCGAUGGAGCCGAGGGCGACGAAACCGCUGCCGCAGCUAGCGCCGCAGCAGGCGGCAGCAGCAGCGGCGGCGCCGCUGCCGGCGGCGCCCCGCCUGUGUUGAUGACGGGCCGGCGCGCCCCCUCUCAGAAGGGCAUGUGCCACGUGCAGGGCUGCAAUCGCUCCCUAGCCGGCCUGCGCGACUACUACCAGCGCUACAAGAUCUGCGAGCACCACCUCAAGGUGAACAGCGUGCUCAAGGACGGCGUGCCGCACCGCUUCUGCCAGCAGUGCGGCCGCUUCCACCCGCUCACCGAGUUCGACGGCGACCGGCGCUCCUGCCGCACCAUGCUGCAGCGGCACUGCCACCGCCGGGCCAAGCAGAAGCAGGAGCUGGCGGAGGUGCUGGCGGCACGGUUCGAGGAGAAGCAGGUGUCAGCCAGCAUGUCCGCAGUGGUGGCUGCAAUGGCCCGCGGGGCUCAGGCGGGUGGCGGGGUGGGCGCACUGCCGCCCAUGCUGCAGCUGCAGUACCUGGCAGCGGCGGGGCUGCCGGCGGCGGCAGCGGCGGCGGCGGCAGCCGCUGCAGCGGCGGCGGCAGGCGGAGGAGGAGCCGCGGCGGGUGGGGAUGGCGCUGGUGGGGGUGCGGAGGAGGAGCAGCAGCAGCAGCUGCUGCUGCCGCUGCUUGGGUUUGAGGACGCGGCGGCGGUCGCUGCUGCUGCUGCUGCCGCCGUGACUGCGGCAGCUGAGGAGGACGGAGCUGCUGUGGACGGCGGCGUCACCUCAAGUGCGCAGCAGCCGGCAGCAGCAGCAGCAACCUUUGGCCGCAGCGGCAGCGCCAACAGCAGUGCGAUGACCGCAUCAGCCCUUGGCGCCACCGCCCUGGCGCCGAUUGACACCGGUCGUAGCAGCCUGCUUGAGGGUGGUGGACCUGGUAACAACGCGGCUGGUGCGGGCAGUGCUGGCAAUGCUGGUGCGGGCAAUGGAAGCAACGGCGCCGCCGCAGCUGCUGCUUCGGCCACUGCUUCUGGCGCCGCCGCCACAGCUGCUGGUGGUGGUGGCGGUGCGACGGGAGGAGGUGGGCGAGGGACCCGUGGGUCGCUGCCGCCCGGGCUGCACUCGCCUCCCUCCAAGGCGCUGCUGUCAGAGGCGCUGCAGCGACACCGCAUGGAGCAGCUGGAGAAGCAGUCGCAGCAGUUGCAGCUGCUGAUGGGGCUGGCGGCGGCGGCAGGAGGCGACAAUACCCCCAAGCCAGCAGCCCUGGCGGCCGCAACGGCGGCGGGGGAUAUGCCGCAGCUGGCUGCGGCAAUCGCCGCUGCUGCUGCCGCGGCGGCAGCGGGCGUGACUCCGGUCACGGCUAGUGUUGCAGGAGGGGGAGGAGGUGCGCCUGAGGCCACCUCGGGACCAGGCGGCUUGGUGACGGAGGGUGCUGCCGUCAAUGGCGGCGGCAGCGAGGUCGCGGCAGAUGGCGUGAAGCAGCAGCAGGUGCAGCAGCGGCCCCCGGGGAGCAGCAGCUUGGGGAGCUUGAGCGGCGGCGGCGGCGGCGCAGCAGUUGCAGCAGCAGCAGCCCCGGAAAUCAAGAUGGAAACCGCCCCUGUAGGGGAGGCUGCGGCAGUAGCGACGCCGGUGCCGCCUGCUGCUGGUGCAGCGGCGGCGGCGGCGGGCGCUGACGGCGGCCAGGGCCCACCGUCUCCCGGUAUCGGCUACUUGGAAGCCGGACGUGGCGAUGACCUGCCUGUGAUGGCUGCGGAUGCGGAUGCAGCUGCACCUGCUCCCACUGCUGGGGAUGCGCAGGAAGCGGGGGGCGGCCAGCGGGUGUGAUGGCCCACAUACGCAGUAACACGGGUGAACGCAUGCAGACGGGUGUUUGGGGAGCUUGCGGGGAGGGGGGAACGAACGGGUUGUUGGCUGAAAGAAUGCGCCGGUGCUCCUGCCAAUCCUGCCAAGGAGGACCAUGGGUGGGAGGUGAGACGCAAGAUAGCUUACGGUGAACGAACAAGAAACGUGUGAGGAGGAAGGAGUGACGGUAUCUACGACAGUAUCAACGACGGCAGGGGCAAUGACAGCGCUCUGCUGCUGUCCAUACAAUAGAUCUCAUGACGCUGGUAGCCUUGAUUGUGCGUGAAGUCUGUUGUAAUUGUCGUUUUCUUUUUCCCAAGCGGUCUUCAUCUUAACCUUUCGACGUAUGCCCGAUUGCCUGCUUGUUCGCUUGCUUGCCUAACAUGGAGGGAGAAGAUGUGCGCUGCAGCCGAAACGUUCGUGCAGCGCGUAGACGCCCCUACGCGCCACGUGUCAACAACCGCUUGCACCGCGCGUCCGUGCGUGUUGUAUGCGUAUGUGUACACCAAUAUGGUCCUUUUGAGUCCUUUGUUGCGCUUCAAUGUGUGUUGUUAUUGCGUUGAGACAACAUGUUCUUCAUUCUAUCCAGCUGGGAAAGCAGCAGCAGCAGCAGCUGCUAGCAGCGCUGCCGCUGCUGCGGACGGCCACUGAAAGGAACUUUGCGCCCAGCGCCGCUGUUAAACACUUUUGGCGUGUGCGCGUGUGUAUUAAGAGAACUUGCCCCCAGGUGUGCGUGUGUGUGUGUUAAGAAAACCGGUGUGUUAAAAAUAACUGGGGUGUGUGUUAAGAAAACUGGUGUGUGUGUGUUUACAUGUAUGUGUACGUAUUCUUGUGCGCAAAGACUACACCAAAAACGUGUGCGCGCAUGCGUGCACAUCGUGUGUGAUCGUGCGUCGUGUCCCUUUUCUUUGGAAGAUUUUGGCCAAUGUCCGAUGCGCCUAAAGUACGGUUAUAUGAGCUAGAAGGUCACACCAAAAGUUCCAAUUUGAAGACUCGAUUGCAGCGGAGGAGGAAGGGAUGCGGAUGGAGGGUGGUGUUACUAUUGGCAUCUGUUGGGUUGGCGGUAUGAGAGAGCGCGGACGAUGAACAGCUGCCUGGGAGGAGGAGGAGGAGUUUUAUCUUGUUGUGUUUUCUCGAUGCAAGUGAAGGUGUUGGAGGUGUUCAUGGAAACGCAAAGUGAAGGGGUGCUGUGACGUCGUUGCCGGUCACACAGCAGUUUUCAUGACGUCAUGAGCCGGUGGUGGUGGCGGUUACGAUGAUACUCUUUUCUUCCAGUUUCUUGCUUAACCGAACGACUUCGAAGGACGCGAAUACGAGCUCUCCAAGGCCUGCACAGUAUAUCAGAUUCAGGGCUUGGAGAGCAGAUGGUAUUGCUGGUAAUUAGUUUGCCACUGGUAGGGUGGUGGUGGUGGUGACAUCACAGGUCGGAAACGGUUGGUUGGUUGUUGUGUAGGAGGUUUGGGGCAAGGGCUGCUCCAGGUUUGGAUUGGGUGUCCCUUGACUUCUGACGAGCAGUCCUUGUGAUGGCCCACACGGGUACACACGGUGUGGGCGCAGGCUGAGCAACUGUUUACAUCGCCUGCUAACAUCGCAAGGAAGGAGCCGGAGGGGAAGAAGGCAAGCUUAUAAGACGUGUUGUGAUUUUGAUUCCCACCGGCGCCACUGUGUGUAAGAGGGAGAAUGCGGUUUUGCAACGGUGUAAGGACGUUGAGGGUGAUUGUCUGCUCGGACACCGUCUGAGGUCGGGAAAACGGAGCGUUGGAAAAGGGAACGUUCCCGGAGGAGGUUGGCACUGAAUGCGUUGAGAGAGUUGGCGACAGCACCACACUCGCAGCGCUCUAGCUCGCCCCUGGCAGCAGGUGCCCAAGUGACAUGGAAGUGGAGGUGUAUGUGGUGGACGGCGGGGUGGGCGGGUGGGUGGGUGUUGGCGCGGACGAGGUGGGGCGCCGGUGGGUGGUCCCGUGGGUGGUGAGAAGGGGGAACCACGGCUGCUGCUGCUGCGGGGGAUGGCGGCUCAUGUUGCGGGGGUUUGUUUUGAGCUGGAGAAAAGGUGUGCUCAUGUGCUUCCAACACCGUGGUACUUUUGUCCGUACAUGGUGUUCGCGAAAGUUCCUCUUAACGCGUCUGUGGCUAUGAAUCCCGAGUCUGGGUGUUUUGUGCGUGUGGGUAUUGGGGGUUGUAGACCAUCGCUCAGCAAGUAAAUUAUCACGCAGCCUUGACCUGAUGACCCACAUGCUGCUCCCCUUCCCCUUGCACCCGACGCUGUUGUGUUGUUAUUCAUGUUAUCGUUCUACAACCACCCCCUCCCAUGACCGGGGAGGAGGUGGAUGUUGGAAAUCCCGUUGAGGGCCACCAGAUUUCCUAUGCCCCCAAAGCAGUGCUUCGGCGACAGCGGCUUAUUUAGGUGUGUUUGUCUGUAUCAAACUGUGCGUGCGUGUUUGCUGAUGGUCGCAGCGAAAACGAGCAGCGGAAGAGAUGUUAACAGGGAGAAGCGAACAACUACAAGUCAGGGCAUGCCAUUACCACCACCGUUGGUGACAUUCCUGCCGCCAUUGUUUGCUGCUGCUGCUGCUGCUGCGCAGUCAUUCCGGGCCAUGAAGACGUGUUUGGCAGGUGUUGGUUUUCCAAGAGAGCGCUUUCUCCUUGUGUCUGCCGCCGCGGCAUGUGGUAGUCUCUGGCAAUGGUGGAGGUGGAGGAGAAGAGCUCUGUCCCCUGCCAGUCCCUGCCGAUGUUCUUUCCCACACGCGGUAUGCUGUCAUCCUUGCAUGUAGCGCUUUCUAUCAAUGCCGAAGCAUUUGGCUUUCGGGCGCGUGUGUGUCUGCUGAUGUGCCGUGUAUUCCCUUCUCUGUGUUGUGCGUGGGUGCAACCCAAGACUUUAAUCGUCUGGGCGCUACUUGGGCGGGACGCUACAUUUAGAGACGGUGCGUCUUGUGCCUUUUUUGCGAUGUUCUGUAACGUUAUUUCCCACGAAAAGUGAUUUUCCACGAUUACCCUAUGCUAAUGAUCGAUGUGAUGUGCCUUGUUCGUUCGCGCGUUUGUUCGUCUGUGUGUGUGUGCAAUGCUUUAUGCGGUAUGUAACGGCAUGAUGGAGUCGAGCAACAGGCCGGCCAACGUCCAAAUCCAACAACAUGUGUGGACUGCGUUCGUCGCUCUGUUUCCCUCGGGUUUCACGUCACCGCAUGCACAUCUCCCGGCUAUAGGCGCCACACACCUACACGAGCGAGUGUGUUUUGCAUGCACGCUGGGGCCUCAUACCCCGUCAUCCAUUGGGAUGUGGACUGGUAAUUUAUAAUGCGGCGCAGGGCAGACUAAGGUUCCAUAGUGGCUGGUCCUUAACCCGCCAUGCUUAACUGCAUACCGGACUCCCUGUAUCACGGUUUGCCCUUGGGCUGUCGCAAUUUACAGUCAUAUAUGUUCCUUUAUAAUCUAUGCAAUGAGUAC